UUUUAAUCGAUGAUUUAAUUGGAGUGUCACAUUUAUUAAAUUGCAAUUACUAUCAAACGCAUGACUUGUCAUAAAUCUCUAUAUUAUUAUUAUUUUCAUAUGUGUUCCCGAUUAUUUUUAGUUAUUGUAAUGUCGAUUGAAUAAAUGUAAACGAUUUUUUGAAAAAAGUCAAAUAACUGCGUAAAAGUGGAACGAGUUUUGUUUGUUUGGAGUAAAUUCGUACCAUAUUUGUGCAUUGUGUAACAAAAAGGACUAUAAAAUUCGUCUAGAAGUCAAAUGAUAUUUAAAUUAUUGCAUUCAAUUGGAUAAAACUGCGGUUAUCAAAAUGGGUGUUGAUCAUACGCUAGAGGAGCUCAUGGGACAACUCGGUGAAUUCGGGACGUUUCAAGGAUUCCAGUUCUUCUUACAUAUUCUAUCGGCUUUCACGGCUGGCAUGCAUAUGCUCAGUCUGGUCACAGUGGCUGCAACGCCGGAACAUCGAUGCUUUAUCGAAGGGGUCGACACAAAUACAACAACAUUGCUCUGGAAUUCGACGGAAAUUUCAAAUGCAAUUCCAAUAAAAAAUGGUGUAUUAAGCUCAUGCAGUAUGUACGGUCCGAAUAAAACUGAAGUGCCAUGCACUUCAUACGUUUACGAUCGAACCUAUUACCAGAGUUCAAGAACGAUUGAAUGGAAUUUCGUAUGCGAUCAAAGAUGGUUAAUGGCCAUUGCACAAACACUUUAUAUGUUAGGCACAUUCACCGGUGCAAUCACACUUGGCGGUUUAGCCGAUAAAGUUGGUCGUAAAGCAAUUUUCUGCUGGUCAGCAUUAUUGCAAUUAAUACUGGGCGUUGGUGUCGCGUUUAUUCCAAACUAUAUUCCGUUCUUAGUCGUACGGUACUUGUACGGGAUAUUUGGUAGCGCUGGUAGCUACAUUACAGGUUUUGUGCUGACAAUGGAAUUGGUGGGAGCAAGCAAAAGAACUGCAUGUGGAGUUUCUUUUCAAGCCGCUUUUGCUGGUGGUAUAAUGUUGGUCGCUGCUUGGGGUUCAAUUAUACCAGAUCGAAAAUGGUUACAAGUAAUUUAUGGAUUGCAUAGUUGUUUGCUCAUCGCUCAUUGGUGGGUAAUGGACGAAUCACCCCGAUGGUUAUGGGCCCAAGGUCGUCGUGAAGAAGCUGUUAAGAUUGUCGCCAAAGGUGUUAGAUGGAAUAAAAAGGGCAUUCCACUCGACGAACAAUACUAUUUAUCAAAAGCCAAAUUUAUAUCAACAACUACCGAAGAGAGUACAACUGAAUCGGCCGGCUUAAGUGAUUUAUUCAAAACACCAAAUUUACGCAUGAAAACAUUGAAUGUAUGCUUGUGUUGGUUUGCAAAUGCAUUAGCAUACUAUGGACUCUCGUUAAGUUCUGGUAAACUUAGCGGAAAUCCUUAUUUGAUAUUGUUUAUUAUGGGACUGGUCGAGUUUCCCAGCUACAUUGCAUUGGUAUUUACAUUGGAUAUUCUUGGCCGGCGUUCAAUUACAAGUGGCUUAAUGCUAAUUGGUGGCUUGUGCUGCAUAGCUGCCGCUUAUAUUGAACAGGGAAGCACGCUUGCAACAAGCGUUGUUAUGAUUGGAAAAUUCAUGAUUGCCGGCUCUUUUGCUGUGAUAUACAAUUACUCAGCAGAACUUUUUCCCACGGUUGUACGAAACAGUGCAAUGGGUUUGGGUUCAAUGGCCGCUCGUUUAUCGGGAGCCCUUACACCACUGAUCACCUUACUCGACUCAUUUGAUCCGAAAAUCCCGGCGUGCUGCUUCGGUAUAAUCGCUUUAUUAUCGGGUACAUGGGUGCUAUUUUUGCCAGAAACCAACAAUCAACCAAUGCCCGAAACAAUUUCUGAUGGUGAAUCAUUUGGCAAAGGUGAUACUUGUUUUGCUAUCUGUUUUGGUGGCAAACGACGCAAAAAUACCGUUCGCGAUGAAUACCAGUAUGCCGGUGUACCAAUGGAAACCGUGGGAAAAUAAGUCAUUUUUUCUUAAUUUUAAUUGUAAAAUGUGUUUGUUAUAAAUACAAAAUAAGUAGAGUAAAUUAGUAAUUAGAAAUAUUUGAAUUUAAUGUCAAUCAGUUAUAUGAUAUUCAAUAAGCAAAUUUCAGAAUGUAAUAUUCAGAGAAGAAAAAAAUUGAAAUGUCUUUAUUUUUGAAAAUUAUGAACAACUUAAAA